AUGGCGUCGACCCAGUGCUACAAAGAAGUGGAUCAGACCACCAUCACAACCACCACCGUUACCAGCCACAAGGUCGAGAACGAUCAACACCAUUCUUUAACCGACAAGGUGAAAGAAAUGGCAGGAAAAGUGUUUCAUCACGACGCUCACAAACAGCAUGGCCAUCAAUCUGCAUGCCAGGGCUCAACUGUAACCUAUGAGAAGAAAGAGGGUUUCGUGGAGAAGAUGAAAACCCAGCUGAAGACCAUAGGCGGGAAGAAAAAGCACAGGGAAGGAAACUGCAAUCAUAGCAGUGACAGCAGCAGUGAUGAGAGCGAUGAUGAGAAGUGA